AUGGCUGGUCACGGUCAUAGUUUUAGGAAACCCCCUCGCAAAUUCAGAGGUCCCAUGCUUCGGCUGGCGUCAACUUUGGUUGCAGAAACUGGAACAAAGUUGAUCAGAGAGACGGGCUCUGAAAUGCGGUCAAUGUUCGUGUUGGCGGUGGUUCGUAUUUUGGCGGUAGUCUUGGUCGGCUUGGUUGGUGUUGUUGUCAUUGCUAAGUGUCUGUAAAAGCUUGGGUGGCUCUGGG